ACGAGAUGGCGGGAACAUAUGAAAAGAUAGCACUUUUGGGUUCAGGGUCUUAUGGUAAAGCUUGGCUAGUGUUUUCUAAUAAGAGAAGCAAAAAAUCAGUUCAUAAAAGAAAUUCGACUGGAUGUACUGGGACAAAAAGAGAUGGAUCAAGCGUUGGUCGAAGUGAAAGUUCUGGCUCGGUGUCGGCACGUGAACAUCGUUGCUUAUUUCGAAGCGAAUGUCAAUAAUGGUUGUCUUCAGAUUGACAUGGAAUAUGCAGAUGGAGGAGAUAUGCAGAGGAAAAUUUUAGAUCAAAGGGGAAUUCAUUUUGACGUUGAGAUCAUUCUGGACUGGUUUAUACAGAUCUGCUUUGCACUCAAGUACCUGCAUGCUCAGAAUAUUUUACACAGAGAUCUGAAGCCACAGAACUUAUUUUUGACUGCAGAUGGCAUUGUAAAACUUGGUGAUUUCGGUAUUGCCAAGAUUCUUCAAGAUAGUUCAGAUCAUGCUUUUACAGCCAUUGGCACACCUUACUAUCUUAGCCCUGAGGUCUGCCAAAGGCAACCCUACAACUUUAAGAGUGACAUGUGGUCUGCUGGCUGUGUUCUCUAUGAGCUGUGCUCUCUUCAUGUGCCUUUUCAAGCACAGAACUUGCCACUUCUUGUCCUUAAGAUUUUGGAUGGAAAUUAUGAGCCUAUACCAAGUCACAAUGGUGCUAUUCUUGAGGACCUUGUCACUGUUUUAUUGAACAGUGACCCAUAUCAGAGACCCUCGGCUGUGCAAAUAUUAAACGUUCCUGCUCUGCAGAGUUAUGUCGAAACAAGCUACAGGAAGUGUGCACGACACAGGGAGAUUCAGCAGAGGUUAAGAAGUUUAGCUAAGCAGUCAGAAUCGCCAGGCAAUUGUGUGGAAACACCAGUACUUUCAUUACAGCAAAAAACUUACGCAGUAAGAAAGGCUGUUCUCCGACGCCUGUCAGUAGCCACACCUAAAAGAUCAAGUGUUACCCAGCAGAAGAAAUCUGCUCAUUCUGCAGAGGCUGCUUUGGCACCCAAACGGCAGCGAAAGGAGCCUGCUCCUGUCUUCAAACUGGAGAAUGCAGUGCUGCACUCAACAAACAUCUCUCACAGACAUCACUCUGAGUUUGAAGAUAAUAGUGAAAAUUGUAAAUAUGCAAUGUGUGAAAAGGUCCAAAAUAAUAAAGAUCCAUUUUUAACAGAUGAAGAUUCUUCCAACAACAUUUUGGAUCAGGCACCCAAGCAAAAUUACAGUGAGGGAAUGUUUAUGAAUUGCAAAUCCAAAGAGAAAAUGAAAUGUAGACCAAAAGAUUUAGAGACUGCACAUAAACUUGAAAGACAAGUAAUUAAGAAGCAAGACGUAGAAUCUGAAGACUGCAGUAGCAACCAAAGCAUUUCACAAGUCACAAAUUCCAGUGUCUGCAAAUUUCAAAAGGCUGCUGAACCAGGAACGCAAUGCCAUCCUGCUGAAAAGGGGCAGGAAAGUAAGGUGACUCCAUCUGCAACUUAUACAUUAAUAUCUCAACAUGCAGGUGCUAUGGAAAGAAAAUACGGUGAACAGUGUAUGUGUGAAUCCUCCAACUGCAUACUGCAGAUUUUAUAUCGAUCGGUCAAAGAGGGACGACAUGACAAGCAUGCAUCUGAGCAGAUGCUUUUCAGGUAUCUUCUUGAUCAUCUUGGUGCCUCUUACUGUGAAGAAAUCUUGAAAGGUGUUUUAAAGGCACUCAAAAAUGGUGUUGAUUAUUCAGCUUUUGAGGAAAGUGCAGGAAAGAUAACCCUUAACUAUCUGCCUGUGAUUUUACAGCUGGCAAUACUCCUAGACAACAAUGACUAAAGAUCUUUUAUUUCAGUUGUUCCCACCAGGUGACCAAGACUUGUUAAAUUUCCUAAGAAUUAGAAUGAUGUAUAAGGAACACAUCAUUGCUACACACCAUACAGACAACAUACAAAGAAAUGUUAAUAUUUUUAAUUAUUUUUUGCUACUUUUUUUCCUGCAGCUGUGAUACGCUUUUUUUUUAAAUGUCUAUAGUUUACUUCUAUUUUUUUAAGCUGAGGACAAAAUUGUCUUGUUCUGCUUUUUUUGAUUACUAUGAUUUUAAAUAAUUUUAUUUAGUACGUGCUUUCUUGUGCAAUGUUAACAUAAUUUGACAUUAUUUUUUAUCUUAUGUUAUGCUAGUUUAAAUAAAACAAAUGCUACUAUUAAACAAGCUUUACAGAAGUUUUUGGGGGGUUACAUAACAGAAAUGAAUUCCUUUUUCAUCCUCAUCAGAAGUAAGUCUUUGGUACCUUUUAAAACACAUUUUAAUGUCCAUUAGCUUCAUAAACAAUUGUCCACACUGGACAACAUAAAAAAUGCUAUAAGCAAAAUGCAUAGUUCAUGUAUAAAAUGUAGUUACUGUUGACUGGCCAUGAGGCAGAUGAAAAAGCUUCAUAUUUAGCAGUUGAAAUCUUGAGAUCAAUUGAAAGCAUUCCUUCUUCAUGCUAUCACACAUGCUUUAAUUAUACCUUCCCCCAACAAGAAGGAAAAUGUACUCGUCAACACAUGUCAACGUCAUGUUAUGUGGCUGCAAAAGAUUAUUUAAAUCAUAUGCAUAUGCAAGCAUGCCAAGACUAUACAUAAGAACACCUACUUUCGAUCUCAAAAUGUACAGUUUUCAAAUAAAAAAACAAUAAAUUGUGAAAUCCGGAAGGGGAUAAAGGAGAACUGGACCAAUACCAGACCAUGGAGGAUGAAAUGGGAUGGGUGCCAACUACCAGCUAAGGCAGACUCUUCCCGGCACAGGUUAACACAUUGAAGACAGCAAUAGCCACCUUCUCACGAGAAGUACUGAUGUACUAUACUGAUAGACUGAAUAUUGCAAUCAUUUAUACACUUUCCAGCUGGGGACAGAAGCCCAAGUCCUCCAAAUCAACCAGGCUACAACUAGUGAGCCAGCAGGCCUACCAGUCCUAAUGAAAGAUGUCAACCAAAGCAUAUGCAAUCUGAAGGGAGGGAAAUCAGCUGGUGUUGACAAUGUCUCUGCCAAGCUGCUAAAGAAGAGUGGGGAAGAUUCAACACUGACCUGUACUGUUUUAUGUCAAAUAAUCUGGGAAUGCGACACAUUGCCCAAGAAAUGGAUGGAAUCACUUGUCAUACCACUGUGAAAGAAAGGAAACAGUAAAUAGUGCCAAAAUUACAGACCUAUAGGCCUAAUCAAACUUAUGCUGAAGGUAAUCCAGAAUCAUAUCAGCACCUCCACUAAGGAACUACUAUAGCAAAAGUACAGCUAAACAGAUCAACUGUCACAUCCUGACAGAAAAAAAGCCCAACAUGUCUACCACAUCUGUGGGAUCUCAUCCACAACUUCAUUGACUUUAUAAACACGUGACAGAGGCUGGCACAAGGGGCUGAGACAGAAGAAACAAAGAGAUA